GGCUGCUCUGAACCCUUGCACCAGAAUCUCACCCAGAGGCACCCAACCAGCUGACAGGGACCGUCUUUCUAAGGCAAACAGACAAUGCAGGGGAACAAGAAGUGUGCAGACGGGUUCAGCGACACCUCCAGCAUCGGCAGUGUGCUGGACGAUGCAGACAGGGAGGUGAGCAACCUCACAGACCGGGCAUUCCGGAGCCUGUGCAUCUCAGAGGACACAGCCUUCCACGAUUCUGAUCUGUCCCUGUCCCCGGACGCCACCCGCCACACCAAUAGGAAAAGCGGCAUCUGGAGUCAGCUCCCGUCACAAGGCACAGAGCACACGGGCUGGGCAGCCACCUUCCAACAGCUCCCUAAGUAUGUCCAAGGGGAGGAGAAAUACCCCAAGGGCAGCCCCCCACUGACGCCAGCCCAGAGGAGACUGGAAGUGCCAGUCUCUGGCCUGCGGAGCAGCAGCAAGCCCAUUUCCAAGGUAUCGUCACUCAUUAAGUCCUUCGACAGGACUGAGAGCCAACCUUGCGACAGCCGGCCUCCUCCCAGCAAGCCACCAGCUCUCAAAAAUCCCCCCAAGUUUGCCCCUCUUCCGGAAAGUGGUGUCAACUUCUGCUUCGAUUCGGCCUUCUUGACGGUCAGGAGGGUGCCCGCUGAGGUCUCCAGCAGCCACCAACCCGGCAGGAAUCAGGGAGAACAAGAGACCCCCAAGAACCCAGAAAUGACCUGUCAUAGCUCCAGCAGCUUCCUGCCCACACAUGACUACGUGGCUGGCUCAUUCGAGUCGAGGUUCCCUUCUCCGCCCCAUAAGGCGGCAAAGGCUGAGCCUGACAGAGGCAGGGAGUGGGUUCCCAAAGGGACUUUUCUGCACAGUGAAAACAGUGCCUUCGAGUCAUGGAACAGCCACCAGCCCAAACUGCUGGAGAGGAAGGACGUCACCGAAACCAUCCCAGAAAGCAAAGCUCCCAAGCGUUAUGAGGACGCACCCUUGUUAAGAGAGCCCUACCCCGCUGAGUGCAAUGUCUCCCCCUGCCUGAGCCGGGCCAGCUGUGCUCAGGAAGAGGACAGAGCAGCACCGGGGCCUCGGUCUGCAUCUAGACCUUGGGGGACCAGGGAUCCAGGGACCCAAGUAUUUCCUGCAGAGGGCAAAGUUUCUGGCUCACACCUUGACCCUGAAGAGAAGCGGAGCCAGCCACCGUGGAGGAAGCCCAAGGCCAGCAAAGGAGGGAAGGAUGGGCCACAGGUUACUCCGGAAGACAAGAAACAGGCCAGUAGCAGAGACCCUCUGUAUUCAAAACACAACCCCCAGGGACAACUUCCAGAAAAUGAUGCUCUGGACAUACAUGGGGACCUCAGUCCCUGUUACAGUCCUCCUUUUAAUAUCAGCAAGCUCCUCACCCCCGUGAUCCCCACCAAACAGGCCCUAGACCCUUCAGAUACCCAGCCAGCACAGAUCAGUGUUUCCCCCCCAGGACAGCUAAAUGGAUACCAGGAGAAGGAAGCCAGAGAGGGCGAAUCCCGGGACAGCUACAAAUCCAAAGUUCACAGCCUGCUAUUCAACCUCAAGGAUGUGAGGAAGCGCGUUAAGAGUACAUACAGCCCCUCGCCUCUCUUGAAAGGCUUCGAGGAGAAAGCCAGAGGUAAGGUCGAUGGCAAGCAAGAGGCCUUGAGCAAUGGUGUGCUCCUUCCCAACGGGCUUGAAGAAAGCCCUCCGACCAAGCCUUCGAAGGAGAGGCCAGCUGAUGACCACAGAGGUACCCAGAGGAAUCUUGCCACUCAUCCUAGUGAGUCAUAUUCAGACAGACGCCUAGAGCUUGGCUCACCUCCAGCAAGCUCUAAAGCCCCUUUCUGUGUCAAUGGGGAGGCUGCAGAAAGGAACGGUGGUGACAAGGAAGGUGCUGAUCACGUCUCGGAGCUGGAUCCCUCCGGGCGUGGCUGGCGUCCAGACUCCAGGGACCGCCUCUCCCGUAAGCACCUCUCCCUGAAACUCUGCCACAGGGAGCCUGAGUCUGAACAGGCUGUGGAGAAGAUGGAGCCCCGCCGGAUGGAGAAUGGGCUCUCGAGAUCUGUCUCUCAAGAGACAGAGCCUGAGCAAGAGGCGGGACAGCAGGACCUACCCUCGAACCAGAAAUUGUCCCCAGUGCCCCUGUCCCCGGAAGAAGAGGAUGUGUUUUACAGUGACGGCCAGUCUGAUAUCAUGCCAGCCCUGCAAAGGAAGGCCAAAUACAGCACCAGCUCUUCAGAUCGAUCAUUUGCCUCAUUUGAUGAUCAGCAAAAGACAUGGUUUACAGAGAGCCAACAGGAAGACAAGCAGAAGGAGGUGAGAGCGGGUGAGAGUCAGAGAGACGAGAAGGAGGAGGUGACGGGCGAAGAUGAGCUCGGGGAGGGUAACGGUCACGUGUGCGUGGACGAGGACAGACCAGAGGAAGCACUGAAAAGAGAAGAGGAAGGCCCAUCCGGAGGGAGACUCAGGAAGGCCUCGGCGGAGGAAGCGAACUUCAGGCGUUCUUGGAUGGAAGGGGAAAGGAGCAGGGCCCUAUCGCGUGUUAAAGACCCCACCUCCUCUCCAGCUUCUACAAGCAAGCCCGUACUGUUUGCCAUCAAAGACAACACCCUCAGGGCCACCCCCGUGAUCAAACCUAUCAUUCUGCCCCUCCUGAGGACGGUGUCCACGGAGGACUCACUUGGUAGUGACCACAGAGAGGAGGAAUUGCCAAGACGAGGGUGGAAUGAGGGUGCUGGUAGCAUCUGUGCCCCGGAGACCCAGGAAACACCCAGUGCCCCACCAUCAGCUCACGUGCGGGGCACACACUUAAAGUGCAUGUCCUCUGAGGGCCUGGUGGACCCUGGGCAGGUGCCCCAUGCUACCCAGGCUGAGACCUCCCAGCAAGUCUGGAAGGGGAGUUUCCUCCCAUCUACACCCCUGAUGGGAGACGGGGUCAAGAAGAAGUCACCCUCGGAUACUGUCUGUGAAGUCUUGGCAAGCGAUAGGAAGAACAAGCCCAUGGACUCAGGGAAGGUGGCCGCCACGCAGCACAUCCCCGUGAUUACUUUAGCCCCGGAUGACUUAGAAGAUCAGCCACCCUCCCUGCCGCUCUGCACCUCCUGGGAAGAGCAAAGUGUCCAGAGCCACUUGCUGUCUGCACCCAGAGCAGGGCCUCCGGGGAGAAGACUGGUUCCCGGUGAGGUAGCCACGUCCCCCAACCCCAGCUCCCCAGGAGAGAGUAGCACGUGCUCGCCUGCAGCCAGCAGCAUUUGGGACGAUGCUUCCCAGGCCCAGGGGGACCUGGGGCCGCCACCCCAGGAGCUUCUGGGCUCCAGCCCCCGGGCCAGCUCAGGCUCUGCCAGGCUCACCAGGAGGGAGGACUUGACACACGGCCUCCCGUGGGAGGCUGAGGGCUCCGACCCUCCGUUCGAACCGGGGGCAGAAGAGUUCAGGACCCUCUCUCCGAGAAGUGUGUUGCCGGACGCGGCCAUUGGUUCAGCAAACACCCCUGAGAAGCCUGGGCCACCUGCCCUGCUAGAGAGGGCGGCGGCCAAGCCCCCUGCUGUCCCACCCAAGACAGAGAAGGCCCUGCGGCGGGCAAAGAAGCUGGCAAGCAAGAGGAGGAAGAGUGACCAGGUGCUGGAGAAGCACCCUGAGUCCUGGGUGGGCAAGCCCCACCCAGAGGACUGGCAGCAAGCAGAACCCAGGCCAGCGUCCCCCAGAGAGAGACCCCAGCCCAGGUUCCCCGCUGUGCGCUCCCUGCCCCCUCCCGUGCACCGUCACUCGGUGUCCUGUGGCCCCGAGCACACUGGGAGGCGACCCUGGGGGCCCCAGCCCCACGUGCCCCUCCCCCCUUACCCCGCCACCCAGAAGGUGCUCCAGGAUCCCCAGUCUGGACAAUACUUUGUCUUUGACAUGCCUCUCCAGGUGAAAAUCAAGACCUUCUACGACCCCGAGACGGGCAAGUACGUCAAGGUCUCUGUGCCAUCCUCGGAGGGGAUGUCCCCGGAGGAGCCACCCCUGCAGGAUGCCCUAGCUGCUCCCUACCUCCUGUACCCUGGCUUCAGGCCAGUGCCCGUGACCGCGCUGAUGCCCCUGCGAUGCUCCUCCCAGCUGGCAGCCCCCACUUUCCUCAGGCAGGGCCCCCGCAGCAGGCCCCAGAGCGCCCAGGAUGCAGAACUGCAGCCAGCCUCUAGGCCUCCGGGCCAGUCCACCCCUCAUGCCUCCGCCCACCACCCCGGUGGGCCCCCCAAGAGUCCCGAGGGGGAGGGUGCAGAGGCGCCAGGCCUGAGCAUCAUCUCCACAGAAGACCUGGAAGACUUUGCCACCGAAGGUGUUUCUUGAGGAUUGCGGCAGAUCUGUCCCCCAUCCCCAAAAGGCAGGGAAGCUUGCAUCCCCUCCCCAUCCUCCACGAGCAAUCUGUCUCUCUCCACCCCCUCUACAUGAGUUCUGGAGUGUGCAUGUGCACAUACCUGCAAUUCAAUUCGUACUUAGCCAUCUGACAUCCCUAUGGCCCCAAAGGAAGUAGGGAUCUCUAAUAUGGCCCAGACCUCUCUACAUCGGUUCUCAGGUCUUGCCCCUCUCCCCACUUCCCCGGAUUUUGCUUGCCUUUUUCCAGCUGGCUUAAGGGUUGCCGGACUCCAUCACCCCACACCCUUCUUCUCAAAGGUGGACUUCCUCAGUGAGGUCCCCCCAAAAAAUAUG